UCACUCUAUCUGCCCGGGGAACAAUCAGAGGCAGCGCGAGCGCCACUUGAAUGGAUUGUUGUCGGUGAAUAACUUUGUUCUUGGUUUCUCCCCUUUAGCCCACCGCUCGCAUUUUCCGCCGGUUUUUUUCUGAUAUAUACGAGUCCAAAUUGCACUAAAUGGUAUGUGAAGCACUUAACACCACUCGGAAAAGUGUGUUAGCAACAAACCCCUGAGGUCUGUGUGUGCGGCUUAACUUUUGCAAAGUGGGUGUCUUGGGAUCUGUUGGAAUCUGAAUGGACUAAUAUGAAGAGCCUGAAGGCAAAAUUUAGGAAGAGUGAUGCCCAUGAAUGGAACAAGAAUGAUGAGCGUCUCCUCAGUGCAGUGGAGCAUGGAGAGGCAGAUAAAGUCACCUCCCUCCUGUCGAAGAAAGGAGCCUGUCCUACCAAGCUUGACAGCGAGGGCAAGUCUGCUCUGCAUGUAGCAGCUGCACAAGGUCAAGCUGAGUGCCUUGCUGUCAUCUUGGCUCAUGGGGCUGAUGUUUCUCUGCAGGACGCUUCAGGGUUUACUGCUUUACACCUUGCUGCCAAAAACAACCAUCCUGAGUGUGCCAAAAAGUUGCUUCAGACUAAGUGUGUGGUGGAUGCCCCUGACAGCUCAGGGAAGAUGGCUCUUCAUCAUGCAGCUGCCAGCGGAAACACUGUGAUAGUUCAGCUUCUGUGUGAGCACAAGUGUCACGUCAAUCUUAAGGACUCGGACGGCUUGACGCCCCUGCUUUUGUCAGGUAGACAUGCACACGCAGAGGUCUGCCGGAGUUUAUUGGAUUGGGGUGCUGACAUCAACGCUAGAGACAAAAAUGGCAGGACCGCAGUGAUGUUGGCCAGUGAGAGCAGCUGUCCAGCCGCUGUAGAGCUGCUGGUGCAGAGGGGAGCUGACCUGCACAUGGUGGACUCGCUCGGCCACGACGUGCUCCAUUAUGCCAAAUUGUCGGGCAGCAGCGAGGUCCGAACCGUUCUUAACACGGCCCUCCAGAGACAGCAGUCAGAGUCAGAUAAGAGUUCGACGAGAACCCCUCAGCAUGGUCAAAAGUUAAAUGAGGACAGAAGCUCCACUCCCAAAAAGAGAAAAGCACCUCCUCCUCCUCCCAUUAGCCCAAUCCAGUCGGCUGGUAUCAUCUCACCACCUUAUUUUACUCCAACUGAUACUCCUUUGUCCAGCAAAAGUGAUUCAUCCAAAAGAUUUAAUUACAAGGAGGAGGAGCUGAAAAGUGCUGUACUGAAGGAUGAGAUCGAGAAAUUGCACGAGGAAAAGAGCAUGCUGCUCGAGACCAUUGAAGAUCUGAAGCAGAUUGUGGAGCAGACUGAGCCCAAGAUGGAGCAGUCUGAGAAUGCAAAUUUGUCAUUGAUUGCAGCCCUACAAGCAAAGAUAGCCUCUCUUUCCCUGGAAAACCAGCAGCUUGCCCAAAUAAUAAAGAAACGUCCAGCUCCUCAAGGAGAGGAAGGCCAGGGAAAUUCCCGUCCAAACAGCAUCGAAUCCAAUGCUUCGUACCACUCCACCCGUGCUGAUUUUGAGCUCUCCAGCGACAUGCAUAUCCACACUGUGGAUGAAGAGGAUCUUUCAGAGGUGUCUGUUCUGGACAUCAGCAGUUCCUCAAUCAAGAAUGAGAUGGAGGAGGAUGUGAGGUUGAGUACAGAUAAAGAAAUUGGAUUGCUACGGGAUGCACUGGAGAAUCUGCAGACUAAACUUCUAGAGUCCAGAAUGGAGAACCGCUCCCUUCAGGCCAGACUCAACACUGACUUUGAGAAGAUUGAAGUUGCAUCUAAAAGCAUGGGCGAAGAUACUCAAAAAUACCAAGAAGCUUUGCAAGAGUUACAGCUGAGGGGAGAUUCUGUGAGUCCACAAGAGGACAAUGUGGUGCAGAAGUUUCAGUAUUUGAAAAGCUGCCUGGAGCAGGAGGUUAAAGAACUGAAGGGAAAGUUGGCCAAGUCACAGGAGGAGCAAAAGCAAGAUACUUGUUUGAUAAGGGAUCUUCAGGCUCAGCUCAAAAGUGUCCGUCUAUCUGAAGAAGAGCGUCAAGAACUAAAGAACACCUACAAUGUUUUGGUGGAAAACAUCAACCAGGAGAAGACGCUGUUGAUUGAGAAGUACAAGGAGUCUCAAGAGGAGAUCAAGAUGCUCCAGGAGGCCCUUCGUGGCACUGUGCCGGUAGAGGCUGCUGCCAAAGACUUCGAGGAGAUGAAGGCAGAGCUCGGCGAGAUUAUCGAUGGGCUGCAGCGGCGGCUUUUGGAGCUCUCAAAGUCGUACAGCGAGGCCAAAAGCGAGCUUAGUGCUGCCCGCAACCAGCUGCAGGCCAAAGCUUCAGAGCCUAAGGACCAGGCAGACGUGGUCUGUGUCACCAAGGAGGAGCAUGAGCAGAGAAUUCAAGAGCUGGUGUUCAAGAUAAAGGACAUGCAGAACAUUCUGAAGGACACGGAGGCUAAGCAUCAAGCGGCGCUAAAAGAAAUAGCCCAGGUUAAACAAGAUGCUGAAAACCAGGCUCAAUCAUCUGUAGCCAUUGCAGACCACACCCAGGUCGUGGCAUCCUUGGGGAACGCUAUUAAGAACCUAGAGUUGGAAGUUGAAGUUCUUAAAGAGCAGCUCGCCCAGAAGACCUUGCAGGUGGACGCUUUGCAGAACAGACUGACAGUUGAGAAGGAUGUAACUCCAGAUGAUUCAUUGUCCCGACUGGAAUAUGAGCAGAUGAGGGAGACGCUGGAGGGUGAGAUAAGUCACCUGAACCACCUACUGAAGGAUGCUCUCAGGAAACAGGAUGAGAUGGCCCUGGAGGUGACCGCUGCUUGGCAGGAGGUGAAGGACGGAAGGAAUGAGAGAGAAGCGGCACAGGAGUUGGCAGUGUGCAGGGAGCAAGAGUGCAGUGCAUUGAAUACCAGGUACAAGGAGGCUCAGGAUAUCAUUAUCCAGCUGAAGAAGCAGGUGGAGAACCAUGUGAUCUCAGAGAGAGAGAAGAAUAAAAAGAUAGAUGAGCUCUCAAAGGAAAUCAUGAAGUUGAAGGAUGCUCUGAACAGCCUUUCACAGCUCUCGUACACCACUAGCACCCCUAAGAGACAACAGAGCCAGCAGGUGGACUCGCUCCAGCAGCAGAUCAAACAACUGCAAUAUCAGCUUGCUGAGUCCAAGAAACGUCAUCAUGAAAUUGUCUCAGUCUACCGGAUGCACCUUCUUUAUGCUGUCCAGGGUCAGAUGGAUGAAGAUGUGCAAAAGGCUUUGAAACAGAUACUUGUAAUGUGCAAAAUGCCAACCGAGGCCAAGUGAAGGAGCCAGUACUGCAGUUGUUCAUGAUUUGCCAAAAAAACAUUGAUCAAAGGAAAUUCAUCUGAGAACUAAAGUCCAGGAUCCAUCAAUCAGAAUGACAUCUGUACUCAAGCAUUGCAAUUGAGAACAUUGUCAUUGGCUUUCCCCAGAUAUUUUGGAAACGUACAGCGAACUUGAGUGAUUUACAAAAAAAGGAAAACAAUUGAUGUGUGCACAAUCUCGUAGCUCAUGCAGUGCCAGACAAAAACACAAUCUACAGUCAGUGAUUUUUUGAAAUCUAUUUUGAAAACAGUUUUAUUUUUGUAUAUUGUCAAAGAAUUUGAUCAGUAUUUGAUUCUGUUGCAAGGUAAUCAGAAUUUGUCAGUUUGCAUUGAGGUAGAAUGCAAAAACAAAGCACAAUGUGUGUUCUAGUAUGUUUGCCUGCAGAGCAGUCCAUCACAAUGCACCUUUUACAACCGUAUUGGCUUUCUUUUUCAGUUGUAUUAUGUGGACUUAAAUUGUAGCCACCUAUAGUAUCUGCAUGCUGUGAAAAGUGAAGUUGCUCAGUGUUGUAGGACAUUAUGACAUUUUUAAGUAGUUUUUCAGAAUUCUCGACUUUUUCAGAGCAUGUGCUUUGACAAAAUGCCCAUCUGCCAAAUGCACUUUCUUCAGUCAGUAGUCAGUCUUUCUUUGAUGCCAGCGUUUACCUGCCAUCUCCAGGACACCUGAUGGGUUGUGUCCUUGUGCCUCUGCUCAUUUUUAAAACCCAUGGUAGUGUUCUGGAGGCCAUAACAUUUGAAGCUGCACUAUAUUUCUUUUGCAUUAUGCUUGGUUCAACCAGCCUGCUGCACUAAAACAUUUUAGCUUUACAGUUGAAUUUGCCUGCACAUAAUAGUAAUGAAGUCAUCACAUGUUAAACAAUUACUGUAGGUAGUUAUGUACUAAAGGCUCCAGUGACACAGUGAGGGGUGAGUUAGCCCUAGCACUUCAGUGUAGUUGUGGUUUUUACAACAAAUAAGGUUCGGAAAAGAUGAGAUGGUAGUUUGUUUGUCAGUGUAAGGAUAAACAAACUUCCCCACUUCAGGAGUUACUUAAAUGUGGGCCGAACGAAGGAUUUUUUUGACACCUAAAGAGUAAACACGCUUUGUAAGUGUUAAGAAAUAUACAUUAGCACUUGAAAACAUGCUAUUCACCUGUAGAGCAUGGUUUAGAUGUUAUUUUAUCCAUGCACUAAAGCCUAGCUCAUUACCUGGUUUAGUACAAUUUUUUUAGCUUUUUGAAUGUAAUUUGAGGGAUGCAUAAGAUAUAAACCCGUUUUCAUAGAAAAUAUAGCAGUGUUUUGUAUGACGUGUAUUAACUGUCUAUUACCUAGAAAUAGGCAUCUUUUCUUUUUGAUUAUCCGUUACCUUUCCUGAGAGCCUUGCAGUUGCUUUCAGAGUGCCAUUGGAUUACUAAACGAGUUCAUAAUGUACAAAAAUACAUUUGAUGAUACAUCAGAAAAUGUUCAACAAAUAUCUGAUACUGUCAAUUUCAGUUUCUGAAGAGAAGAGAUUAAAUGCAAAAAACUGGCCUGUUGAAUGCCCAUGAUAUUGAGAUCUUAUCUGUCAUAUUUCAUGAUCAGCUCAUAGUCAGUUGAGUUUUUUGUUUUCUAUUGUAUUUGUUAUUGAGUCAGAAAAGGAUUUUUGCUUAGUAAUUAAACUUAUGAAUUUGU